AUGGAGAAUGUUCGCAAUAGAGUUGAUGUUAAAUUAAUAUUCUCUGGGGAAACUGAAUUAAUGAAAAAAAUGGAGAAACUCAUUACAUUUCGAAGAAGGAUAGAAUAGGAAAGUUAGCUAAGUUGCCUAACUUCAAUAGUAAUAUAAUAAUAAACAAAAGAACUGAAUCUUGUUGAAAUGGCAACAACUAAAAAUAGUCCUAUGUCGAUCAGUUAUAAUCCAUUAGUAUCCAUUAGUAUUCAUUUUAAUCCAAAAAGUAUUGAAUAGUAUUCAUUAUAAUCUAUUGAUAUUUUUUUAAAUGAUAUAAAUUAAAAAAAUGAGUAACAGAAAAAAAUAUGAUGCCUGGAAUGAUUACAAAAAUAAAAAUGUUUACAUAAAGAAAACUAAAUUCUGUAGAGACAUCGGAUGUAGUGUAGAUUAUCUAAAUAAAACAAUCAGAAAAUUUGAGAAUCCAGAUGAUAAUAAAAUCGAAGACCUUCGGAAAUCUGGAAUCCAGGGAAUUGUAAGAAAUAGAGAUGACAAAGGAAGAUUUCAAAAAGAUACUUCUAAGAAGCUUGCUUUCGCUGAAUCCGUAAGAUCUGUAAGAUAUUCACCUAAUGAAGGAUCUGCAAGACUAGAAGUGUCUGGUGAAGGUAGUGAAGGAUCAAUGAAAGUAAUUGAUAUCUCGAAAAAGAAACGAACUCCAGAAGAACAAAUUGCUUUCAUUCAAAACAGUCUUAGAAAAGAUCGAUCUGGUCAAACCAAAAAUAAUUGAGUCAAGAAACUAUCAGGCUCCCAUCCACCGAAAACGUCAGGUCAGUUCCUUCCUUUCACCGAAUGAUUUUUUGAAUCUAAACAAAAUUUUCUAUCUUGACAUUUCAGACAAACCGUCCCCCUAAACCUGCAGAAGCAACAGGGAAGCCAACACGGAAAUCAUCCUCCCUCGAAAACGAGAAGAACGAUUUCAAGGACAGUGUCUUGACCGAGAUCAUCGCACGUGGUGUUUACAGCGACAGGUAUUUUCUUGUUUAUUUUUCAGAGUAUUUUGAUCUUUUUAUUUGUAGUUUCAUUGCUGAUGUGAUCAACGAAAAGAAAGAAAAGUUUAUCGGCCGAUUGCCUUGGGUAAUGAUUUUUUGGGCAAGAUGAAAAAGUAAAAAAAAAUUCCAGGAAGAGCUGGAAAAAAGCGCGAGAGCUUUGUUCAGACAGCUCGAAGUCAAAGAGGAGGCUCCCAUACGAUUAAAGUCAGUUUUAGCUACUUAGUUGGCAAUAACUUUUCUCUCUCAGAAGGUCAUCUCGAGAUCUCAAAGCAGCAUCAAUAACUUCUUCAGUUUCCACUUCUUCUUCUUCCUCUGCUUCUUCUACAACCUCAACGCCAACUUCUGA